CCCGAGGAGGACAUGCUGCGCGUACAGGUCGCGGGGGCCAAGUGCAUGGCGCCUUGCGCGAGGGCGCUGGAGCGGGGCGUUCGUGUGCCGGCGGCCGACGGCCAAGCCGCCUUCGAGGUGCAGGCCCAGUCGACCUUCGAGGCCAGCGUGGCGCUGGUGCUCCGCUUCCUGGUCGACAGCGACCUGGGCGGGGGCCGCUGGGUGGAGCUGGCGGCGGGGCGUUACGCCGCGAGCCCCGGGCCCAGGGCGACCACGGCGCAGCUGGAGGUGGACGUCGCGAUGGACGCCGCGGAGCCGCCGCUCCAGGCCGUCCCCCUGGACACCGACGAGGGCUCCUCCAUACCGCCAGUGCGCGUCGCCGCCGUCGAGGUGCUGGCGGACGCCGACGACGCACUGCGGGCCGCGUCCGUCGUGGUGUCGGUGCAGGGCCGCCGCGGGCGCCUGGCGCGCGCG